AUGAAAAAAGGGGUAGGGGUCUGUGGGGCGCACGGACGAAGUGCUGCAGGGCAGAUUGGAGAUUCUAAAAUGUCCUUGAUUGAUCAAUUUGAGAGAGUUGGUCAUCCUAGGAAAGGAGAUAUGCUUGUUGGAACACCACGUGCUGUGCUCUCAAGUUGUGACGUUGAACCGUCGGCAGAUCCCACAACACAACAAGUGAAUCUGACAUUCUUCCUUCGGUUCUAUGUUAAACCUGGACGGCUAAGGCUUAAGGCGCGAGUUCAGCGCAAAUUCCUUCUGCCAGUACCCCUUGAGAUUGCCCUCGCUGGCUGA